AUGGAGGCCAAUGUGAUCAGCUACGACGCUGGAACCAGCGCGUGCGAGAAUGGCAGGCAGCGACACCAGGCUCCGUCGCUGUUCGGAGAGGGGGAUGCGAAAAUAGAGCCUACAUCGUCGGCCACACCCCUGGAGUCAGAGAGUUCGAGAGUGCUGGCCGCCUUCACAACAUAUCGGUCGUCCUCGGGAAGGUGUGCUCUGUCUGUGGCCAGGACGUGCGAGCAAGACUGGCAGAGCAAACAGGCGAUGUCGCUGUCCGACGAGCGUUGGGAUCAGAGCGUGGGAUCAGAGCGUGGGAUAAGAGCAUGCAGUGGCAGCGGGCUUUGA